AGCCUUUCUUACUUUUGUGAAGACUUGUCCUUUAGGAAGCCUGACGUCUGCAGUCAACACUAACCCAGUUCAGAGGAUUUGAGGCUGAAUUGAGAAAGAGAAUUAUGAAUAUGGAAGGCACGCCUAGUUCCCAUGGAUAUUACAUGCCUGCAGAGUGGGAACACCACUCACAGUGCUGGAUUGGAUGGCCUGAGCGCCCUGAUAACUGGAGAAACAAUGCAGUGCCUGGUCAGGCUGUGUUUGCCAGGGUGGCAUCUACAAUCUCAAAGUUUGAGCCUGUAACUGUGUGUGCCAGUGCUGCUCAGUGGGAAAAUGCACGAAGUCAGCUACCAGAAAAUGUCAGGGUUAUCGAGAUGAGUUUGAAUGAUUCUUGGUUUCGUGAUACAGGCCCGACGUUCGUCAUAGGAAGAAGCCCAGAGCCAAAGAUUGCUGGCAUUGAUUGGACUUUUAACAGUUGGGGAGGAGUUGAUGAUGGUUGUUAUCCAGACUGGAGUCUUGACCUCCUUGUGGCACGGAAGAUCCUGGCAAUUGAAAAGGUUCCAAGGUUUCCACAUUCCAUGAUUCUUGAAGGUGGAAGUAUCCAUGUAGAUGGAGAAGGGACUUGCCUCACUACUGAAGAGUGCCUCCUAAAUAAAAACCGGAACCCUCAUAUGACCAAGGAGCAAAUAGAGGAUCAACUGAAGGCAUAUCUUGGAGCGACGAAAAUUAUUUGGUUGCCUCGUGGAUUAUAUGGGGAUGAUGAUACUAAUGGUCACAUCGACAAUAUGUGUUGUUUUGUGAGGCCUGGUGUGGUUUUGUUGUCUUGGACAGAUGAUGCAACAGAUCCUCAGUAUGAACGAGCUGUAGAAGCCCUUUCCGUCCUCUGCAAUACUACUGAUGCCAAAGGUAGGAAGUUGGAAGUCAUUAAGCUUCAUGUACCAGGCCCACUAUACAUGACAGAGGAAGAGGCUGCUGGAGUUUCUCAGGACGAUGCUAAACUGAGACUUGCAGGCACAAGACUUGCUGCUUCUUAUGUGAAUUUUUACAUUGCCAAUGGAGCAAUCAUUGCUCCACAAUUUGGGGACCAGAAAUGGGAUGAUGAGGCUGUUCGUGUCCUAUCUAAAGCCUUUCCACACUAUGAAGUGGUGCAAAUUGAAGGUGCUAGGGAGAUUGUUCUGGCGGGUGGAAACAUACAUUGCAUCACUCAGCAACAACCACACAUUCCUUCACAGGGCACUCUCAAGUAG